AUGGAGUUUCUGAAAGUGGAGCUUGAAGACGCGUUCACGGUCGAACCAGAAGAUACUGAGACCCAGCUGAAGAUGGUGUUCAUUAAAGAGGAGAGUGCAGGCAGGCGUGAAGAAACUUUCAGAGUCAAACUUGAAGAUGCUGAAGAACCAACAGACUCAACAGUGCUGAAAGAGGAGCAGGAAGAAACUGAAGAGAAAUAUCAGUAUGAGAACCCUCAUGAUUUCCUAGAAAAAUCGUUUAGUAGUUUACAGUCCGAAAAGAGUUCCACACAAAAAAGGGAUGGGAUUCGUUUCCCCUGCUUUCAGUGUGGAAAGAGUUUUAGUCGUAAGGCAACCCUCAAAAGCCACAUGAAAACUCACCCUGAAGAGAAUAUGUUCACCUGCACACACUGUGGAAAAAGUUUCGGCACAAAAUUGAAACUGAAAUACCACACGAAAGUUCACAAUGGAAACAAACCCUUCACGUGCAAACAGUGUGGAAGGAGCUUCACUCAGAAAGGAAGCCUUAAGAAGCACAUGGCCAUUCACACUGGAAAGAGGCCUUACAGCGUGCCCUCAGUGUGGAAAGAGCUUCAGUCAAAGGGAGGCCUCAAGAAGCACAUCUCAACUCACACAGGGGAGAAGCCUUUCACAUGCCCUCGGUGCGGAAAGAGUUUCAGCCAAAAGGGAGGCCUUAAGAUCCACAUGAGGAUUCACACCGGAGAGAAGCCGUUCACAUGCCCUCAGUGCGGAAAGAGUUUCAGUCAAAAGGAAGGUCUUAAGAAGCACGUGACGAUUCACACGGAGAGAAGCCUUACGCGCGUGCCCUCGGUGCGGAAAGAGCUUCAGUCAGCGAGGAAGCCUCGAGGGCCACAUGAGAGUUCACACCGGAGAGAAGCCGUUCACAUGCACUCACUGCUUGAAGAGUUUCAGUCACUCCGGAUCCCUCAGAUACCACAUCAUGAAAGUUUGCAAUAA